AACACACACCAAAAGAAAAGAAAAACAAAGAUUAUGAAGUCGAAACUUAAGUUAUCACUCAUAGCUGAUAACAACAUAAGGAGAACCACAUUCAAGAAGAGGAAGGGAGGGAUAACGAAGAAACUCCAUGACCUGACAACUCUCUGCGACGUCAAAGCAUGUGCGGUAAUCUACAGUCCGUACGAGAAUCCAGCGGUGUGGCCGUCAACCGAAGGUGUUCAAGAGGUGGUUUCGAAGUUUAUGGAGAUGCCGGUGACAGAACAAUCCAAGCUGAUGGUGAAUCAUGAGACCUUCUUGCAGGGCAGAAUUACCAAAGAGACAAAGAAACUGGAGCGUCUACGUCUUGAAAACCGAGAAUCUCAGCUUACACAAUUUAUGUUUGAUUGUGUUAAAGGCAAGAUGAGUGAGUAUCAGUAUGAUGCAAGGGAUCUUCAUGACUUAAGUUCUCAUAUUGAUCAAUAUAUCAAUCAGCUUAAUGCCAGGAUCGAGCUCUUUACUGAAAAUGGUGAGUCUUCUUCUUCCUAUCCUCCUCCGCUUGCUGUUGCGGAUCUUCCUGUUGUUACAGAUCAAGCUGCGUCCAUACGAGAAUCUCAGCUUACACAAUUUAUGUUUGAUUGUGUUGGAGGCAAGAUGAGUGAGCAUCAGUAUGAUGCAAGGGACCUUCUAGAUUUAAGUUCUCAUAUUGAUCACUAUAUCAAUAAGCUUAAUUCCAAAAUCAAGUUACUUACGAAAAAUGGUGAGUGUUCUUCCUUUCCUCCUCCGCUUCAUACUUCAGUUGCGGGUGCGGCUCCUCUUGCUGUUGCUGCGAGAAUGCCAUGGAAAGAAGCCAAAUAUGAGAAGCCACUAAAGCUGCAGUUGGGAAUUGCCAUCUCGAAGUUGGGUAGCAAAGAAGAAGAGUCAUCUCCGUCGUCGUGGGAAAACGAGAAGAAGAAGCCGCGAUUCGUCCGUCCGACGCAAUCAUCGCCUUCCUCCAAUUCCGGAGAAUCAAAUUCAUCCAAUCUAUACGUCGCCAAUUGUGGACCGGCGGUUGGACUAUCACACGACGCAAUCGCGGCGGUGUUCGCUGCAUUCGGUGAAGUAAGCGGCGUCUACGCGGCGGACGAGAGCGGCGUUCGUGUUAUCGUCUCUUUCGCGGAUCCUUGUUCGGCGAAAUCAGCUUUAGAAGCUUUGAAUGGUCGACCAUGUCCUGACCUUAAAGGACGGUCUUUGCAUAUUCGAUAUUCAGUUCUUCAAUUACCUUCCGAGAUGCAGGUGAAUGAUUGUGUUCCAGUGUCUUUGGUUGAUUCAGAGUUGAAUAUCCCAGGGCUUUUCUUGUUACCUGAUUUUGUUAGUGUGGAAGAAGAACAGCAAUUGCUUGCAGCUGUUGAUACUCGGCCUUGGAUUGGUCUUGCUAAACGGCGUGUUCAACACUAUGGAUAUGAGUUUUGUUACGUGACAAGAAAUGUUGAUACCAAGAAGCGUCUUGGCGAGCUUCCAUCGUUUGUUUCUCCUAUACUUGAAAGAAUCUCUUUAUUCCCGAACCUUGACAAUGACCCGUCAUGCUUAAAUUUGGACCAAUUAACGGUAAAUGAGUACCCAUCUGGUGUGGGUUUAUCGCCUCACAUUGACACACAUUCAGCAUUUGAAGAUUGCAUUUUCAGCCUUUCUUUAGCUGGUCCUUGUAUUAUGGAAUUCAGAAGAUACUCUGUUUCCACAUGGAAAGCCUCAUCUGCCGAUGCUGAGAAGUCGGGUGACUCCUCUUGCAUCAAAAAGGCCUUAUAUCUUCCUCCUCGGUCUAUGCUCUUAUUAUCCGGUGAAGCACGCUAUGCUUGGAAUCACUACAUUCCACAUCACAAGAUUGACAAGGUGAAGGAUAAAGUGAUCAGAAGAAGUUCUAGAAGGGUAUCUUUCACAAUACGUAAGGUGAGAAAUCAUCCCUGCAAGUGUAAGUAUCCACAAUACUGUGACUCUCAGCAACAAAUGUAACUGAAGAAGAGGAGAAAAAUGAAAUGAAGAAUAUUUU